AUGAUUGAAGGAAAAUUUUGUAGUCCUCGCUUUCUGCACACAAAUGGGAUCGUUCAGCUGUGCUUGGAUAAGUCAGGAAAUUAUGACGAAGCUUCAUUCAUAUCUUUCGGUGUAGAUGGUGAUGUAUGGCUUUGGAACCACGAUGAAUUGGAAGAUGCUGAAUAUAGACCUUGGCGAGUUGGUGAGACUACUUGUGGAGCAGUUGCGUGGCAUGGUGAUAAUGUUUUUAUCGGUCGAGUUGUUUGUGAUGAAAGAACUAAUAUAAAGAAGCAUGUUGUUUCUAAGUUCUUAAUCAGCGAUCAAUUUUCAACUGGUAAAAAUGUCACUGCGUUUGCUCUGGAAGUACUUUCUUUGGAUAUUUCGUCAUCCGGAAGACUGCUCGCUGCUGGGUCUUGGUAA